UCGGGUCCUAGGGCAAAAUCUGAGUGAAGGUUGAAUGUUUUGGUAGUAUAUAUAUGUGCGGCGCGAUAACGAUUCAGAUCAUUUGGGUGGCCUCUUUGUUCGGCUGAGUGAGAUUUCUAGGGUUCUGGUCUGCUUCUCCAAACACAUCCAAAAUGACUAAGAGAACCAAGAAGGCCGGAAUUGUCGGGAAGUAUGGUACCCGUUAUGGUGCUAGUCUGCGCAAGCAGAUUAAAAAGAUGGAGGUCAGUCAACACAGCAAGUACUUCUGCGAGUUCUGUGGGAAGUAUGCAGUGAAGAGGAAGGCUGUUGGAAUCUGGGGUUGUAAAGACUGUGGCAAGGUUAAGGCAGGAGGUGCUUACACUUUGAACACUGCAAGUGCCGUGACUGUCAGGAGCACCAUCCGUAGGCUGAGGGAGCAGACUGAGAGUUAAUUUUAUUGCUGAAUGUUUUGCUUUUGAUAUGUCAUUGGACUCUAUUUUUUGGUUCUAGAUGUUCUGAACAGAAUUCUUACUCCUGGUUAUUGGUUUUAGAGCUAUGUUGUUUGAAUCUAGUUGAAUCAAAUUUUGGUGUUAGUAUA